CCCCUCUCCUCGCCCUCUCUCGCGGGUCGGGGUUACAUGGCGGCGACUGCGGCAAAGCGAGAGCCUCGGAGACGCCGCUGCCGCCAGCACAGCCGGAGACCAGAGCCGACCCUGGGGGCUAUCCGCGGGCCCCGCACUCCCUCGAUGAGUCGGAGAAGUCCCGUUGUAUCAGAGUAAGAUGGACGGUAGCUUUGAUUGUGAUUGUGGUGAGCUGGAGCCACCUGAUCACUAACAAAAGACAUCUUCUGUCAACCAACAGCCACCAGGGUUUCCUGUUGAAAUAUAUAGCAACAAAGGAAGUAAAGAAGCAAAACGGAAAUAGUGCUCACCAGCACCUUAGGAUGAUGCUGCUCAGGACCAGUCCAACACUGAAUGUAUCUGCACUGUGAGGAGGAUGUCCAUAGAAGCCUGUCGUGUGCAUAUUUAUUCACAUUUUUGUUAAAUGUUAAAUCGUUUAGCACAGUAAAUCUGAGUGCAUACUAUGUCAUUUCAUUCCGUUUGAGUUUCUUGAGUGUUUUCUUUAAAUGUCUGCAGAGUUGCUGCCCCUCUCUUGAACUAUGAGUACUGCAAUCUUUUUAAUUCUCAAUAUGAGUGGAGAGUUUUGAGCUUUAAGUCUGCGGGGAACUCAGCGGGCCUGGUUGGCAUUUGCAAUGAACAUCAAGAAAACAUCUUGCUCUAGAAGCAUAAUUAUUUUUCUUCUCCCUUUUUGAAAGAUCUUUCCUUUUGAUGCCAGUUUUCUUCCUUGUUUACACAAGUUCAACAAUUCUAAAGGAAAAGGCAAUAGUGAUUUCAAAAUGGCAGAGAAAUUUGAAAGUCUCAUGAACAUCCAUGGUUUUGAUCUGGGCUCUAGGUAUAUGGACUUAAAACCAUUGGGCUGUGGAGGAAAUGGCUUGGUUUUUUCUGCUGUAGACAAUGACUGUGACAAAAGAGUAGCCAUCAAGAAAAUCGUCCUUACUGAUCCUCAGAGUGUCAAACAUGCUCUCCGUGAGAUCAAAAUUAUUAGAAGACUUGACCAUGAUAACAUUGUGAAAGUGUUUGAGAUUCUUGGUCCCAGUGGAAGCCAGUUAACAGACGAUGUGGGCUCUCUUACCGAACUGAACAGUGUUUACAUUGUUCAGGAGUACAUGGAGACAGACUUGGCUAACGUGCUGGAGCAGGGCCCGUUACUGGAAGAGCACACCAGGCUUUUCAUGUAUCAGCUGCUACGUGGGCUCAAGUAUAUUCACUCUGCAAACGUACUGCACAGAGAUCUCAAGCCAGCUAAUCUUUUCAUUUAUACUGAAGACUUGGUGCUGAAGAUAGGUGACUUUGGUCUUGCACGGAUCAUGGAUCCUCACUAUUCCCAUAAGGGUCAUCUUUCUGAAGGAUUGGUUACUAAAUGGUACAGAUCUCCACGUCUUUUACUUUCUCCUAAUAAUUAUACUAAAGCCAUUGACAUGUGGGCUGCAGGCUGCAUCUUUGCUGAAAUGCUGACUGGUAAAACCCUCUUCGCAGGUGCACAUGAACUUGAACAGAUGCAACUGAUUUUGGAAUCUAUUCCUGUUGUACAUGAGGAAGAUCGUCAGGAGCUUCUCAGCGUAAUUCCAGUUUACAUUAGAAAUGACAUGACUGAGCCACACAAACCUUUAACUCAGCUGCUUCCAGGAAUUAGUCGAGAAGCACUGGAUUUCCUGGAACAAAUUUUGACAUUUAGCCCCAUGGAUCGGCUGACAGCGGAGGAAGCGCUUUCUCAUCCUUACAUGAGUAUAUAUUCUUUUCCAACGGACGAGCCAAUUUCAAGUCAUCCUUUCCACAUCGAAGACGAAGUUGAUGACAUCUUGCUUAUGGAUGAAACUCAUAGUCACAUUUAUAACUGGGAAAGGUACCAUGACUGUCAGUUUUCAGAGCAUGAUUGGCCUAUACAUAACAACUUUGAUAUUGAUGAAGUUCAGCUUGACCCAAGAGCUCUGUCUGAUGUCACUGAUGAAGAAGAAGUACAAGUUGACCCUCGAAAAUAUCUGGAUGGAGACCGAGAAAAGUAUCUGGAGGACCCUGCUUUCGACACCAGUUAUUCCACUGAGCCUUGUUGGCAGUACCCAGAUCAUCACGAAAACAAGUACUGCGAUCUGGAGUGUAGCCAUACCUGUAACUUCAAAACAAGGUCCUCAUCAUAUUUAGAUAACUUAGUUUGGAGAGAGAGUGAGGUUAACCAUUACUACGAACCCAAACUCAUUAUAGAUCUCUCCAAUUGGAAAGAACAGAGCAAAGAAAAAUCUGAUAAGAAAGGCAAGUCAAAAUGUGAGAGGAAUGGAUUGGUUAAGGCCCAGAUAGCACUAGAGGAAGCAUCACAGCAGCUGGCUGAAAAGGAAAGGGAGAAGAAUCAGGGAUUUGAUUUUGAUUCUUUUAUUGCAGGAACUAUUCAGCUUAGUUCACAACAUGAGCCUACUGCUGUUGUUGAUAAGUUGAACGACUUGAAUAGCUCAGUGUCCCAACUUGAAUUGAAAAGUUUAUCGAAAUCAGUAAGCCAGGAAAAGCAGGAGAAAGGAAUGGCAAAUUUGGCUCAGUUAGAAGCCUUGUACCAAUCCUCUCGGGAUAGUCAGCUUGUGAGUAGUGGGGAGGAAUGUUUUCUCAUCAAUCAGUUUUGUUGUGAGGUCAGGAAGGAUGAACAAGUUGAGAAGGAAAACACUUACACCAGUUACUUGGACAAGUUCUUUAGCAGGAAGGAAGAUUCUGAAAUGCUAGAAACUGAGCCAGGAGAGGAUGGGAAGCUUGGGGAGAGAGGAAACGAGGAAGGAUUUCUGAACAACAACGGGGAGUUCCUCUUUAACAAGCAGCUUGAAUCCAUAGGCAUCCCGCAGUUUAACAGUCCAGUGGGGUCACCACUUAAGUCAAUCCAGGCCACCUUAACACCUUCCGCCAUGAAAUCUUCCCCCCAAAUUCCUCACAAAACAUACAGCAGCAUUCUGAAACAUCUGAACUAAAACACUCAGCAGACAUUUCUUUGUAUUUUUCAUGAAAUGUGUUUUUGUCUUUUUUAUUACUAGUGUUUAAGUCAUUUUUUACUUGAAUCAGAAGGUGUCAUUUAGUAAGGAUUUUUAGUUCUUGGUUUUUAAAACCCUGACUUUUUUCUACAUGUGAGAUAGUUUUCAUUUUAACUGGCAUGUCGUUUGCACACAAAAGAAUAGAGCAAAAUAAUGCAAUGCAGGAGGAGACAAAAGAAAUGCACUAAGACAAGUAAAAAACAUUCUCUCAUAGAAACAAAAAUCUUGCCUUGAAAUUUACACAGUGAGACUGUACAUAACUGCAUGAAAAUCUCUAUUUUUUUCCUAAAACAUUUUUCAUUCAUUAGUAUUUUCAAGUUUUUCAUACUGUACACAUUUCUUAAGACACAUGAUACCAGCAGCAACUGAAAAUGAAUGCCGAAUUUGGUACACAUGUGUUAUCUACCUCAAGGUAACAAAGUAUGUGGCAAAACAUACCACCCAUAGUGCUUCACGGCGUGCACUUCUAUUUAGCCAGCGUUUAUCGUAGUGAACUAUUCUUAAUAAGAUUCACUCAUCGUUUAUAAAUGUUCUGGUAUUCAUUCUUUAUAGUGAAGUGUUAAUACAUCACAUCUUAUUUAUUUUAGCAAAUCAGUAUAUUUUCUGUAUUUAAUUAUAAAAGUUAACUUAGUUUUAAAAAAUUAUUUGCAACAACACUUUCCAUUUGGCACUAUGGUUUGUUGCCUACCUAGCUGAAUAUGGUGUCAGCUUGUCCUAAGGCUGUCCUUGUACUUAAUUUACUCACGUGUUCAUUUUAAGUAAAGUACUCACUGUGUAUAGGAAUUUGUAUUUUGGAGGUGCUUGAUCUAUCUACAAAGAAAAAUUAGGAAUUAUUAUAAAAUGCUCCUAGAAGUCUUAAUUGUGUUUAUUUUUAAAAACCUGUAAUGUUAGACUUGUGUGCAUGGAAGUAAUUAAGGUACAUCAUUAUUGUAGUUUAAAAGUUGUACAUGAUAAGACAUUUUUGUUUUCCUGUAUGUUUUUACUGAAUGAUCUAUUCCCUGUCCCAAGGCAAGCAUGAAUAAAAUUAGGUUAAACGUAGCACAUGGCCUCACAGUCUCUUAAAGUUUGUUUCAUCUGUUUUAUUUUUAUAUUGCUAAAUCCCACCUUUGGCUAUGCUCUUUGGAGAACAAGGACAAAUAAAACAUGGCCAACAAAUAC